AUGGAAGAACCUUUGAAGAACUGCACAACGCACAGCUUCCACCUGAUGGCAUUUUCCCAAUAUGUAAAACUGAAAAUGGUGUUUUUUUUAGGAAUUUUGUUGUUGUACCUGUUGGCUGUUCUCGGAAAUGUCAUUAUUGCUCUACUAAUAUGCCUGGUGCCCCAGCUUCACACUCCAAUGUAUGCCUUCCUAUGUAAUCUGUCUGUUCAGGAUACAAUUUAUGUCUCUGCAACUCUUCCAAAGUUUUUGUCUAUCGCAAUAACAGGAGACAACAGCAUUUCUUUCCAGGGUUGUAUCACUCAGAUGUUUCUGUUCACAUUUUGUGUUGGAACAGAUUUUUUUCUGCUGACGUCUAUGGCCUAUGACCGCUACGUGGCCAUCUGCUCACCUCUUCACUAUUCACUUAUUAUUAAUAAAAGUGUGUGUGUUACUAUGAUCGCUGCUUCCUGGAUUAUAGGCAUUUUGAAUUCCUUGACCCACUCUUUGCUGAUAUCCAAUUUAUCCUUCUGUGUUUCCCAAGACAUGGAUCAUUUCUACUGUGAUUUAAAAAUGAUGAUUAAGCUCUCUAGCAGCAACACUACAAAAAUUAAAAUGUUGCUUUCUGUAGAAUGCAUAUUUUUAGGGUUUCUUCCUUUUAUGCUGACAUUGACUUCUUAUGUGUAUAUCAUAUCUACUAUAUUAAAGAUUCGUACUUCAAAGGGACGGAUGAAGGCCUUCUCCAGCUGUUCUUCCCACCUCACUGUUGUGUUUCUCUUCUAUGGAACAUCUCUUAGUUUUUAUGUGAAACCAGAAUCUGAGGACUCUCAAGAAGAAGACACACUGCUCUCCUUGUUAUACACCGCUGUGGUUCCAAUGCUAAAUCCUCUAGUUUAUAGUCUGAGAAACCAAGAUGUUUGGAAAGCUAUAAAGAACACAGCAGGAAAAUGUUUGAAGCCCAUGAAACCAACAACAAACAGUUUGCCUGAAAGGUAUUAA